GUUACUUAAUACAAAAACUGCAGCCAUGUAUUCAGAACGAGCAUGACACGAAACUGAAAGAAUGGUAUCAGGAGGUAUCCAAAGCUCAGAAACAGGUAAACGAAUAUCUCAAGAACCUUGAAGGAUUCAACGUUUACUUAAAAGAUAAGUCCGAUCGAUAUGAACGUUACAUAAAACUUUUGGUUAAAGGCGGGCGAUUUGUAUUGUCUGCUCUAAUUAAAACAAAAUGUCAGCAAAGCGAUUUGAGAUGCAAACUGGAUGAGAAAGAAGAUAUACUUAGGGGAAAGAUCACUGAUGCGGAACAUUUAGAAAUCCUCUAUCCAUCUGCCUCAGAUCGUUUGGCUAUCCCGUUGGAUUUGUCAGUUUGGGACAUUUCGUUACUGGCUGGGGUAUUACUGUAUGCUUUUGAGUGCAGUGAUGACCUGAAGGAAGCAAUUGGCAAACUCUACGAUGCACGGAAAAACUACGCAGAAGUAGCUGUUAUAUCAUUAGAUCCGGAAGCCUUUUUUGAAUGCCUAUAUGGUCUCAAAUGCAGCAUUGAUGUUGCUAAACCUUAUCUAAAUUCGGAAGAGAAAUCUCAUAUUAAUGAAAUAUUGGAAGAGAGUAAGAAGAAAGCAAAGGAAGAUGGCUCAUUUAAGACAUACAUGGAAGAACUCAAAUCGCAGGGUUUGCAGAUGAAAUCUUUUUCAGACAUUCAUAAAGAGACUGUUCAGAAAACGAAAGAAACACUUCGACAAAUGAUUACACAUGGAAUAAGCUUCGACAGUAACCGCAUGCUAGAAUUGAAAAUGAUAACUGUCGGAUCCGACGAAGAGAAGAAGAAAAUUGCAGAAAACAUUUUGUUUGAAGUGUGGCAGACAGCAUUGGAUCGAACAGAAGACAAAGACAAUUUUCAAGACAUCCAGGAGGAAGUAAACAAGAUUUUACAAGAGAUAAAGUCAAAGAAUAUACAAAAUAUAUCCGUUGAACAGAGAUGUAUCCUUCUACAGAUUGCAAGUAGGGAACCUUGUGACAUGUUGGCCCUUAUUGAAUAUUUCGAAAGUGACUUAUUCCACAAAACCCUGGAUGAUAUAUGUAAAAAGGUUGGAUAUUAUUGCGAUACGAUUGUUGCAAUAUGUUCAAAUGUGACCAUUGAAUCUCUGCACGGCAUACUUAAUGCACAAAAUCUACCAGAGCAACAAGAAAGUGGCAUAAGAGUUCCAAUUACUGUUUCUUCGCCAGCUGCCAUGUUUCAGUUGUGGAAAUUAUUUCGAAGUGAGCAAUUUUCAAAUAGCACAAAUGCUAUUGCGGAGAAGUUGUCAAAACACUCUAAUACAUCAGUUACCCUGAAAACCUUCACAGAUAUGAAAGAGUUGAACGGCGUCUUUGAUGGAGAAACUGAGCAAAGCAGUACAGACAGCGAAAAUAAUGAUUCCUCGACUCAAGAUAGUAGCCAAACGUUAAACACCGAACCAGAUUCCACAUACCAAGGAGAUUUAGCGGGACAUCCAGCUGAUCAGUCGUCCCAAUAUAACAAACAAAUGCGAGGGCAAAUGAUGGCUACAGAUGUUUCAAGUGGUCACUAUUCACCAGAAAAUGAGAACUUCUGCAGAUACUUUCGACUAGUGAAUGAAACUGGUGUGAAACCUUUAUGGAAGAUCCUUGAAAAUGAAGCAACAUCUCUGCAGAUGACUGUCGAAGGUUUUAUGGGUGCUUCUUCAGCACAGACAGGGAUAAAUCCAACGGUAGAAACACUUCUAAAGCAAACGGAAACUGUUUUAAAUAAGAAGUCAGACUUUGUCCUUACAAAACAGUUUCAAGAAGCAGAGGACAAGUUAAUGUCUUCUGGAAGUGUGAUUAUAAGUGGGGGAGCCGGUGAGGGGAAAACGUACGCUGCCUAUGAAAUUAUGCGCCGUAAAGGACAAAGAAACAAUUGUAUACAGAUCAACAACCCUAGUGAUGUUCACCUCGUAGAUCCUCGAAUCUUUGAUUUCGUUUUCAUUGAUGACAUAUUCGGAAAUCAUGAGAUCGAUGAAAGUAAAUUACAGCCAUGGAUUCACGUGUUUGAAACGCUGCAACGACUGGUGAAUGCAAAAGCAUUUUACCUUAUUAUUGCAACACGAGAAAUUAUUCUAAAACAAUGUAAGAGAUCUCUAGAAAAGUUUUCAAUUUUUAAUAACACAAUGAGUUUGUGUUCCAAAAAUUUGAGUCAAAGUGAGAAAGGUAAAAUUCUUUCUGUUGUAUUAAAAAGUAAAGAAAGACAAUGUUCUCGCGAAAUUGUAGAAGAAUGUGUUUUAGCAUUCAGUUCAGAUCUGGGAUUUCCUUACAUGUGUAAUUUAUUUGCUUCUGAUGACAAUUUCUUUGGCGAAGGGCCAUCUUUUUUCAAGCAUAAUUCUUUUAUCGAUCAUGGGCUUUUUACACAACUGAAUAAAAGUAAACAGUUGUCCCUUCUUUUUCUUUGGAUGAAAGACGGUACCGUUCCUACCGCCCUUAACCGCACAGUAGAGAACGAUCUUAUACUGCAAAAGUUGUCGCGUACGUUGAAAUACGAUGAGGCAAUUGAUGUAAUAUAUGAUGACGUUUAUGCUCAUUGCAAAAUUAUGGAUGGUGUAUUUGUAAAUGUUAGACCAGGUGGAUACCAGUUUUCCCAUAACAUCCUCUAUCAGUCUAUUGGGCAUUACCUUGCUGGGAUAGGUCUCUAUGAAAUAGUAAUAGAAUACAGUAAUUUAGCGUUCUUUAUGGAAUGUAUUUCUGUUACAGAAUUCCGUUAUCGCCCUGAUCGUGUUUUUAUAAGAAGUGAAUUUUAUCAACAUUUUGUCGACCGAAUAAUAUCAGAAGUGAUAGAUAAAAACCAUUAUCGUGAAAUGGCAAUGCAUCCAUGUUUAACGCAGGAUAUCCUCAGGAUCUUAAUUGAAACUCUAUAAAAGAAAAAGAAAUUAAAAGAGUUUUUUCUUUCGGGUGUUUCUGCAAAUAGUGGAAGAAGAGAUUAUUCCAGAUACAAUUGCUUUCUUGCAUAUUAUGUUGAAACCUGCGCAGCUGAAUCGUGUUCAUUCUUACAGCUGGUACGUAGUCAUUGUAAGUGUUUUAUGCAUCUACCAAAAAGUAAAAAGCAGUGUAAAAUUUGCCAAAUGUAUUUGCAAGUGUAUCACGGCGCAUGCUGCGGGGGAAAUAUCGAUGCACUUAAAGUUUUACGUUUUGUGAAAUGUGACGGAACAAUGUUGCUUGACGCAGCAAGCAGCGGAAAUAUAAUGAUGUAUGAGUAUAUAAAUAAAUUGAUGGGUCCAAGAGAAGUUACAUUGUACCACAAGGAGGCACUGUGUAUUGCCGUAGAAAAGCCAGAUUUCGAAAUGUAUGCUAUGAUAAGAAAAUGUGGAUGUAUGCCACAGUCGAAGUGCUUGUUGAUUGCGUCAGAAGCGAAAAAUAGUGAAUUACUUGUACGUUUACUACUCGACAUGCACGUGUCUGAUGUUUUGGUAAAGGACAAAAAUGUAGCAUACAUCAAGCGCACAUUAUUUAGUAUGGACGUUUUUAAUACAUUUGCGCGUGUUGGAAUGUGUCCAACAAAAGAGGACAUUGUCCGUUCUUUGGUAGCGGACAAGAGGGCAGUCGAAUCGAUUUUAUGGGAUUUAAAAUAUAUGUGCAAGGGCAAAUCACACUAUGCAAAUACACCUGCGUCAACAUUAUGGAUUCAGUUAAUCAAAGAUGGCGAUUUUCGGGAAAACCUUGAAGAAAUUGGUGUUCUGAAGACGUCGGAUUUCCUCGGCCGACAAAUUCAGAAUGGAAAUAUCGAAAUCGUAGACAAUGUACUAAAGCAUUUGAUUCGAAAUGACGACUGGAACCCCCAAAGCACACGUGCUCUCAAUUUUUUAAAUUCUUGCCUUCCAUCGCAAAUAGAUAUGUUUGAAUUUUUAAUAAAUUUUAAUAUUAUUCCAACGUACGCCACUUUGUAUAAGUCGAUUUCAACAGAAAAUGUUGAUAUCGUAAAAAUGACCGUUACCAAAAUGAAAAAAGCUGAAAAUUUUGAUCCAACACAUAAAAGCGCAAAGAAUGCUCUGUUACAAUCAGUUUUCUUUUGUGACAUUUAUAAUUAUCUGAUAGAUGAGGGUAUGAAACCAAAUGCAUACCAUUUUCUUUUUGCUGUUGAGUGUGAAAAAGACACCCAUACAAAAAUUAAAGUGAUUAGAAAUUUAUACUCAAUGGUUGAGAAGUGUAAAAAUGUUCACUGUUUUAAAAAAGACGUUAUGCAAAUGGCCCUUCUAGGUGCUUUCGACAACAUCGAUGUGUAUAUAUGCCUGAGGACAAGCAUGUUUCAACUUCCACCGCGAACAUUACCUGUGAUAGCAUCUCGGGGAAGUGUUACACAGAUUAAACGUUUACUAGAAACUUUAAAAGAUGAGAAAGAAUGGCCACCGUCAUGUAGUGUCAUAAAAAUGUCAUUACAAUGUUCUUUCUACAGACCAGAUAUUUUCGAAGUGCUAAUGACUGAGAUACAUGAUAUAAGAAAAGAUGUUGUGGUGACAGUGUUUUCAAUAUUAUUAGCAUGUCGAAAGCAGACUUUUUAUAAAGUAAAGGAAUAUAUUUCUAUUUUGAAAAGAAAUAACUCAUGGAAUCCGAAUGAUAUAGUUUUAAAAUGUGCCCUUCUUGAAAGCCAUAAUGACAAGGCAACGUGUGACAUAUUUAAGCAGAAUGGAGUAGUAAUAGAUGGUAUAUUAGAUGAAGCAUACAGCACGGGAAAUUUUGAGCUACAGUCAUAUAUAACAAACUUAAAUAAGACUUUAAAGUCCUUUGUGGAAGAUACACUUUCAAAUGUUCUACUGUCAAAAGACGAAGAACAGUUGAAAAAAGUAUUGAAUAACGACGAUUGUUCUUAUAUCAAAAAUGCGUUACCAGAAGUUUUAAGACAAGUUUCGUUUCAAGAAAACACUUAGACAAAGGUUGCAUGCAAACAAUAUUCGAAUAGAUAGACAGCAAUAAUUGUGGUCCGAGCUUGAAAAUACUAUCUUCUGUCCUUAAGUCA